GACGGACUCCAGCUCGGACUCCUCGUCGUCGGACUCGUCUGAAAGCGACUCGGAGGACGAGAAACCCGCUACGAAGGCGGCGAAGGUGGCCACAGCCGCAAAGAAGGCUAUCUCACCGACCAAGAAGCCCUUGCCCUCGUCCUCGUCUUCCUCCUCCGACUCCUCCGACUCGGACUCGGAUUCGGAUGACGAGAAGCCCACGAAGACUGCACCUGCAAAAGCAGCUACCACACCCGCCAAGCCUACGACUCCCGCAAAAACCAUUGGCAAGCGCAAGAGUGCUGCCUCCUCAUCCUCCUCAUCUUCUUCAUCCUCUUCGGACUCUUCAUCCGACUCUUCUGAUUCGUCAGACUCCGAUUCCGACGCCGACACCAAAAAGUCCAAAAAGCCAGCCGCGAAGAAGGCGAAGCUCGAGGCCGCGUCCGCUGCGACGUCCGUGCCGGCCACUGCAUCCACAUCCGCUGUCACCUCUACCUCUGCAUCCACCUCGACCUCGGCAGCUGCAUCCGCAUCUGCUUCUCCUGCCCCCAACGGCGCACCCACCAAGGAUAACAAGGACAAGGUCGCGAAGGGCAAGCGCACGACGAACACGCCCUUCCAGCGGAUCGACCCCACCAAGAUUUCGGGGUUGGUGGCGGAUAAUCGGUUUGAGUCGAGGGGCGCCAGCAUGAGCGACUACGGCGCACGCGCGCACCAGGAUCUGAUCGUCACGCGUGGCGCGGGCUUCAGGAAAGAGAAGAACAAGAAGAAACGGGGAAGCUAUCGGGGUGGAGACAUCACGGCGAGUGGCGGAGAGAGACGGUGCACGAUCAGGACGCUGACGCGCUUGAUAGAUGGAGUCCCACAGCAUCAAGUUCACUUGAGUAACACUGAAGCUCAUACGAACGAUGGAGAUGGGCGAUCGUGGUAG